UUAAAAUUAACAGCAUCACCUCAUUAUUGUCCUCUCUUUCUUGCCUGGGCUGGAUCACCAUUUCGUUGUGAAUGCAUUUGUUUUUGCAAAGUCGAUUUCGCAUCCCCUAAAUUGGUUUGUUUUUGCAUGAAAAUUCAAAAACAAUCCGAAACAGGUGUCCAUUUGUCUAUCGUCUAUUUGUAAUCUCUCGUGUCGCAAGAAGGAAUUCCAAUUUUAAUUACAAUUUGAUUACAAAAAGCAGGCGAACAGAGAACAAAGCGAAAUGAGUAAACCCGCAGCAAUGUUGGCACUGAGUAGUGCAUCAGGUGGUGUUGGUGGACAGGCAAAUUCAACUGCAACCAAAGUGAUUAAACGCUAUUUGGGAGCAUUUGACUUUGACUAUACAGUGGUAGCUCAAAAUACCGACACUGUAGUGCGUGAUAUCCUGCCGCCGAAUAAGUUGACCAAAGAUUUACAGGAGAUUGCCGAGGCCAAAGGAUGGACGGAGCAUAUGGCAGAGAUUUUCCGGCGGUUGCAUGAAGUGAACAUAAAACCAGAAAAGAUAUUGCAGACAAUACAAACCAUACCAGAAGUUCCGGGAUUUGUACGUAUGCUCAAGAGGCUCAAAACAAAAUAUGAUUGCGAUUUAAUUAUAAUCAGCGAUUCGAAUAGUAUUUUCAUAGAGGAGUGGCUAAAAUACCACGGUCUAAGUGAUAGUUUUACAAAAGUUUUCACCAAUCCUGCACGAUUUGAGUCGAAUGGUUUGCUUACCAUACAACCGUAUCACCAUCAAACCGAAUGUCGUCUGAGUUCGGCAAAUCUAUGCAAAGGCAAGGUAUUGGAACAUUUCCUUAUUGAACAAGAUUUGCGCUAUAAUCUUACCUAUGAACAUGUCAUCUAUGUGGGUGAUGGUAAUAAUGAUAUUUGCCCGGUUACUAAAUUGCGGCCCCGUGACAUUGCCUGUCCCCGUGAGGGGUUCUCCAUGGAUAAGACCUUAACUAAAAAUCCUCUGAAGUUGAAGGUGCGUUCGGAGAUAAUAAGAUGGAAGACAGGUUUUGAUUUAUUGGACAAACUGGAGAGGCAUAUAGAGAAAAAUAAGCCCACAAAUCCGCAAGAUACGAAUUCGAAAGGUGAAGAAAUUCCACAGCGAAAAAAUUCAACAACCACUGAGGUCCAUUAAAGUUGGAGGAGUAGAAUGUUGAAUGUUUUUUGGCGUGUGUGUGUGUGCUUCUGCUGAUCAAUUGCAUUCACCAUGAGAUUUCCAGCUCUAUAUUUGGAUGUUUUGAAUAAAUAUCACAUGUCUACAAAAGAAAACAUUUGAAAAUCUUCUCCUCCAAAAUCCAGAAAAAUAAUCAUUGUUUAUAUGUUUUAAAAUCUAUGUGUUUGUAUAGCUUUAUGUUUACAUGUGCUUGCCGUUGUUAUUAAAGAAAUCUUUUUUUCUCUAAAAGUAUUUGGAAAAAUCUCAAUAUUAUAUAUAUAGAAAAUGAAAAUAAUGCAGCUAAUUAGAAUUUAUGUUUCGCUAUUAAGACUUGUUUGCUUAUCAUCAACACAAUCAAGAAAUAUAGAACAUGUUAUAAUUGAACGUUUUUUGGUUUAAAUAAAAACAUAUUUAUUUUUUAGUUAUAAUUUGUAACAAUAAAGUAUUUUUUAGUUUAUAAGUACAUGAAUGUUAAUUUAGAAAUGUUGUGGUAAAGUUUAAUAUUGGAAAUGAAAUCCUUAAGGAUUUGAAUGAAAUUUGAAAAAAUAUUACAUCUUCUAUACACCUUAAAAUGUAAUAUCUGUUAUUUUUUUAUUGUGAGUAAAGUUUGCCGAAAAGAAAAUCUAGGUUUUUGCAUAGAGGGCCAAGGUAAAAUUCGCACUUACCUCAUACAACUUCCUAAUUUCCUUUAAAACACAUUAUUCAUUUUCGAAAACUGUUUGUCUCUCAUUAGGGUAAUAUUAAUUUCUAAUACUUUGCAAAAAGGCAAUUUUGUUACUUUCAAUGGUGUUGAAUAAUAAAAAAUAAACCAGGAAAUUAACCAAAAUACUCAUUUACAAAAUCUUCUUGAAGGCUUUCUUUGUAAAUAAUAAUAAAAUGGUGAAAUUAAUAUUUAAUUAUUGUUAAUGAAUUUUAAUAAGUUGUUUGAUUAUGUCUAAAACUUUUUUUUCAAAUGCAAAAAAAGAAAAAAGAAAAUGAAAAAUGGAAAAAAAAUGAAAAUGAGGCUGACCACCACCUCAAGCUCGAAUAGAAUUUCAUUUGUUAAUAAUUCUUCUUUCCAAAUUUUUUAUAUCUUGAAAGUUCUACUAACGUCUCAUUUAAGGUGUAUGGAAAUAUAAUUGAAAAUUAGAAAAUUAACAUAAAAAUUGAUUGAUAUUAAUAAGAAAACCACAAUUAUAAAAUAAUACUAAUAAAAAUGAUAAUAUGGUUGUUAAAUGUAAAAUGAGGCUAUUAAAAAUUGUAUUUAUGUAUGUAUGUAAUAUACAAAACAAAUUAUGAAAAUAAAGAGAUUUUAAUGU